AUGUCGAAGCCGAAGCAACAAGAGAAAGCCAACAGCAGCAGGCCUUCGGAAGUUGAGCUUGUUCUCAACCGACCCGGAUCCGCUCAGAUGACAAGCUUGGAUCUUAGUGACUAUAACAUCACCUCCCUGGCUGCCUUUCAGGUCUCGAUCUCUUCCCUUCGAAGGUUGAAACAGAUAGACAUAUCUAAGAACUCAAUUUCUUCUCUCAAGUACAUUCGAAGUCUCCCCAUUCUUGAGACGGUGAUAUGCAGCAACAACGCGAUGACAACCUUGGUGGGCCUUGAGGAAUGUCCUAUGGUUCAAACUGUUGAUGCUUCCGACAAUGCCAUCACAGUCAUCGGGGAUUUGCGUCACUUGUCGCGUUUAAAGAACCUGGAUAUUCAUGGAAACUCCAUGUCAUCCAUUUCCUCUCUGCCUCACAAUCUGCCUGGAUCGCUCAGCACGCUCAACAUUUCCAACAAUGAGCUUGGAAGCCUCUCAGACCUGCGGUACGUUAGUUCGCUCAUGGAGCUCCGACGCCUCGAUCUUCGAGCAAACCCUAUCACUUCUGCCAUCUACAUGAAGGGGAUUGAUCACAGACCUUUCGUUGUCUUCCUUCUACCUCGGCUGUCCACUUUGGACGAUAAGCCUGUCUCGAGGCAGGAGUGGGCGGUCUCACGAACGCUCUUCUGUGAAGAGCCAGGCAUCUUGUCGGACGCCCUCAUGGCUCUCCUCCAGCCCGCCAACGAAAAGCGCCUUAGGCAGUACCUCAUGGAAAAGUGUUCCAUGGCAGUUCAUGAACCCUCGCAACAUGCCUUGACAGCACAUGAUGCCAACAUUGAUGAAGAGCUGGAGAGUAGAUCGAGACCCUCAGGGUUCAGAGCACAGAAGCGAGACGAUGGUGCUGUUGUUGAAACCCUCCAGAGCCAUUCUAGCAAAGGAUUUAGCGACAGGGCCGGUGCAUCGUCUCAUGCCAGGAUCCCGUUUGCGAUGGAUGGCGUUGGACUGUUAGCACUGGAGUCCGAAAAUGGAGAAGCAGGCUUUCUCAAGAAAGCAGGAUACGAGCGACGAGAGAGAUCGAUGGAUGCGAUGGCCAGACAUUGGGACUUCCACCUUGCCAAAGAUCUUACUCAAAUCAACAGUACGACCUUCAGUCCGAGAUGUCUGCGCAGCGAGGCUUCAGGCCGUCGCAAGGAGCUUUCUGGAGCGAGGCCCUCCGCUCUCCGUGCAGAUAGCCUUCUUGACGGAUCAUGGGAGAUCCAUGCCCUAAAGAGUCAGAUACAGAUGUUGACACAGCAGCUCGAGGAGGAGCGAAAUGCUCGAUCUCGGCAGGACGAGGCUUUGCGCAUCUUAUGGAACGAGGUGGGUCGACUGAGAGGGAAAGACGAGCACAAGGCAGCCAUCAAGAUUCAGAAAUGCUGGAGAGGACACGAUGACAGGGAGCUGUUCCGCAUCGCUAUGGAUCAUUACACUAGGUUCAAACUGGAGCGGUCCGCUGCUGUCGUGAAGCUCCAGAGGUGGGCACGGAGGGUCUUCUGGAGGUCCUUCGGGACCCUCUUUCGAAUGCAGGACACAGCCACCCGCUGCCUUCAGCGGGUAGUUCGCGGCCAUCGGUCGAGGAGGAAGAUGGAGGGGCUGCUGGGAAACAACAGCCUCAAGCAAGAGAUCCGCUACAUCCGGGAUGUGGAGAUUGUGAGAUUGCAGCGAACGCUCAGUGCAGUACAAGACACCAUGGACCAUGUGCUAUCCAUCCUCGGCCCCGCCAUCGGGGGCUACGGAGUCAGAGAGGAUGAGGAGAGCUGA